AUGAAUUGGCAACUGAACUUCAGGUCUGGCAGUGCCAAGAGCAACUUCAGUGUGCUUUCUGCCAUGGUGCCAAGGAAACCCAUGGACAGCGUGGCUGCUUGCCAGGCAACUGGCCACAGGGCAGGGGCUGACUUCAGCAGCAGGAGCCUCUACAGUCUUGGAAGGAAUCGGCAUACUACCUUCAGUGUGGCAGGCGGCAGUGCUCGGGCCACAGGGCACAGCUUUGGGCAUAGCUCUGGAUAUGGAGGGGCGCGAGCCAGCGGCUUUGCCAACAGCAUGUUUGGUAGUAUGGCCCUGGGGCCCACUUGUCCAUCCCUGUGUCUGCCUGGAGGCAUCCACCGCGUCACUGUCAACAAGAGCCUGUUGGUCCCACUCACUGUGGAGCUGGACCCGGAGAUCCAGAAGGUGCGCGCGCAGGAGCGGGAGCAGAUCAAGGCUCUGAAUGACAAGUUCGCCUCCUUCAUCGACAAGGUGCGCUUCCUGGAGCAGCAGAACCAGGUGCUGCAGACCAAGUGGGAGCUGCUGCAGCAGCUGGACCUGAGCAACUGCAAGAGGAGCCUGGAGCCCAUCUAUGAGGCCCACAUCGGCAGCCUUCGCAAGCAUCUGGAUAUGCUGUCUGGGGACAGGUUAAGGCUGGACUCAGAGCUGAGGAACAUGAGGGAUGUGGUGGAGGACUACAAGAAAAGGUAUGAGGUGGAGAUCACCCGACGCACAGCAGCGGAGAAUGAGUUUGUAUUGCUUAAGAAGGAUGCAGAUGCAGCCUACACAGUCAAGGUGGAACUUCAAGCCAAAGUGGACUCUCUGGACAAAGACAUCAAGUUUCUCAAGUGUCUGUACGAUGCGGAGAUUGCUCAGCUCCAGGCUCAUGCCAGUGACACCUCUGUCAUCCUGUCCAUGGACAACAAUCGGGAUCUGGACCUUGACAGCAUAAUUGCUGAGGUCCGUGCCCAUUAUGAGGACAUUGCCCUGAAGAGCAAGGCUGAAGCUGAGACGCUGUACCAGACUGAGAUUCAGGAGCUGCAGUUGGCAGCUGGCUGCCAUGGGGACAACCUGAAACACACCAGGAAUGAGAUGUUGGAGCUGAACCGGCUUAUCCAGAGAAUCCGCUGUGAUAUCGCUAGCGUGAAGAAGCAGUGCUCCAACCUGGAGACGGCCAUCGUUGACGCCGAGCAGCGAGGGGACAGUGCUCUCAAGGAUGCCCGCGCCAAACUGGAUGAGCUGGAGGGUGCCCUGCAGCAGGCCAAGGAGGAGCUGGCUCGGAUGAUGCGGGAGUACCAGGAGCUGAUGAGUAUGAAGCUGGCGCUGGACGUGGAGAUCGCCACCUACCGCAAGCUGCUGGAGGGCGAGGAGUGCAGGAUGUCUGGUGAGAACCCAUCCUCUGUGAGCAUCUCUGUCAUCAGCAGCAGCUAUGGUUGCUAUGGUUAUCACCCAAGCCCCAUGAGCUCGGACUUUGGGGCCAGCAAUGCAGCGGGCAGCCCCAGCGCCCCUCGAAACAACCAGGCCAAGACCAGAGGAGCAGGAGACACCAGGGAGUCCCAGGACAAGAGCACCGCUGUUGGUACCCUGGCCAAGAAGACUACUUGA